ACAAGACAGUAGACAACGAAUAAGGAUUUCAGAAAUCAGAGUAGACGGCAUAAUACGCGGCGUACGGCCGAUCGUUUAAAUAAGUUGAGGUGCAAAUAAUUCGCGCCAAAAUGUUGACUCUUUUUCUUCUAAGUCGGGUUGUUAAUUAAACAUUUUCGAUAAAUAGUUACUUUUUAAAAUAUUACGCGAAGUUCAAAAGUUUUAUUUUGUGUGAAAUAACUAAGUGUUGUGCUUUUGUUACUUUUACUUUUACUCGCGUUUUGAUACGACUGCACGAUGCAAACCGUCUUGAAUUUUAAUUCUAUGAGAGUGUACAAUAUUAUGGUAUACUUAGAAAAAUGCUAAGAUAUCUAGUGGUAUUGUUAUUAGUUAUACAGACAUUAAACUUAGUGCACUCGUCAAGUCUGCUAUGCGGGCGCGUAAAAGAGGUGGAAUUGGGUGGUAACAGUGGCGCGGGCGCAGCGCUGGCGCUAACGCUUAUCCGCCCGCCCACUCCCCCUUCAAAUGCGUCCUGUCAGUUGCAACUGACUGCUCCCGAUGCAGCGGCAUUUACUGUGCGGCUAAUAGAUGUUAAGGAAUCCUUAGCAGAAUGGGAGCGUGGUCUCGACAUGCCACCAGAGGCGUUAGGUCGCAAGUGGAGCCAGAGAAGUGCCCACGCGCAGCGGACUUCAAGCGACCAGACAAUCAGCUCCACCAAUGCCACUGACGCUUGCAAACUUAUAAUUUACAUAGAACAAAAGCCAAUAUGGAAGUUAUCGCUAUGUGGCGGUAACGCGGCAGCAGUAGCAUCCCGGGCGGGUACCAAGCUCCUACCACCGAAGCUCAGAAUAGUGUGGAACCCUCCUACCUCUCCCUACCACCACACGGAGAAAUUACGGCUGGUGGUCACUGCUGUUAACAGUGGUGCAGUUUGCAAUAACGAUACUCAGUUCACUUGCGGUUUGACAAGUCUUUGCAUAUCGUCGUACCUUGUAUGCGAUGGCGUGAGGCAUUGCCCGGGAGGCGAGGAUGAGGACACGAAUGCCUGUUCACACCGCCGGGACUCCCCACUUCUGGAAGUACUGAGGAGGAUAGCGGCUAGGAAUCAGGAGUUUUUGGGCCUGGAUCAGCCUGAUGGGAUGACGAAGCCCUCGGUUAUAAUGAAAAUAAGCGAAAGUGAAACCAAAUCAAACGCUUUUAUUGAGUUUGCAAAUUCCCUCCGUCCGUAUGGACCCUGGUCUUACAUCGUCGUGGGGAUGAUCGGAUGUGCUGUGAUACUCAUGUUCUGUCUCGCUUGGGAAUGCUGCUGCAAGCGUUCCAAGCCUUCAGACACGCCGCUAAACAUUCCGCCUUCGUGUGUUGAUCUCUCCCCUUCAGUGGCGAUGACCGCGUCUUCCCAAAUGUUCUCCAACCCCCUCCCAUCACCCCCAGAGUACGAACCUCCCCCUUCCUACUCCUCUCUCUUUCCCCGCGCCUAUAAGACUUCCCCCUCCCCGGUACCCCAUUGCUCCCACCAAGAGCCAGAUUAGGACACGCCAAAUUUUAGAUCUGGGCGCGAAUUCGGAUUUUUCAGCUGGUUUUAAGAAUUUAGCCUGUUAAGAGACGCGUCUACGUGCAAACUAAGUCUCCUAACUGCGAUUUUGACAGAUGGGAGAGUUAGUUCGCGCUUAGACUUGAGUUUUAGUCUAUGGGACCAUAAUCAACAAUCCUAAUUUGGACUAUUUUAUACAUAUGCAAUAAAUUUUAAAUAUUUUCUGUCAUUUAAACCAUGUAUUUGUCAAAACUUGGAUUGGACAUAUUCUAGAACAUAAAUCAUGUAGUAUCCAGAUUAACCAUUCUAAAGUUUGACAUUGACGAGAUGAGAUUGUGACAGAUUCAAUUUUAGACAAUCGCCAUAAACGCCAAACGUUGUAUGAAAAUGGUCACGUGACAGCGUGGGAAGCAGUCGCAUACAAUGUUGUUUAGCGUUAGUAAGGUCGAAAGGUGAUUUGUGUCAAGCCCAAGGCUAACCACAGAUAAGUAAACUUUACAUAGAAGAUAAAUCCUAAAUUGUUCUAUAAUAAUCUAUUCAUAGACUAAAAUAUAAAAUAAAAUUAGAUUAUUUGAAAAUCUUAAUUCGCUUCCAGACAAUUAGUUAUUAAAAAUACCCGGAUAGUCAACGGGUUAGCAUUAAAUCAAAAUUAACAAACUUACCAAUUAUACAUUUUACGGGCGUACUCGGUAAUGAAUUUCUGUAUGACAAGGAGUCGUUUUCAGUGUGCGAUAUUACGCCAUUGUUCACGCUAAAACGCGUUUUCACUUAAAUUAUGGUAUUGAAAUUAACGCCACCUAUCGGCAGAAAACGGCUCCUUUUUAAUUUUGAGAUUUUGACCAUUUUGUAAAAGCCAUAAUAUUAAGUACAAUAUUGUAAUAUAUUAUAUACGUUUUGGGACCAAUCAAAAUAUUUGUGCCUUGUUAUACACUAUCGACUGAUUAUAUCAUGACCUGGUUUUUUUAACGUCUUUUUUAAAGUACAUACAUAAAAUUUUUGUAUGAAAUUAAAAGAGUCUCACAUCUCAAAAAUACCGUCUGGUACCACCAUAAGGAUAUUUCAGAAACGAGAUUUAUGGCUAAGUGUCACUUACGUAUGUCAAAAACGUUUUGGAUUUUGACAUACAAGUCUCGUUACUGAACCUAAAGCUUGUCUAUUGAAUUGAUUCGUAACCAUGGCAACAAACUUUAAGAUUUCUAAUAAAGCUUUUAAAAAACUCAAAUAGAAGAUAGAUUUUAAAAUGCGGCCUUUGACAGUUGUCGCAAUCUAAGGGAGAUUCGAACUUGUAGUAAAUAACAAUUACUUACAGUGCCACUGUAUACUUUUCUUGGCCGGUAAUAGCGUCCAUCAUGGAUAUUAGUAUUGCCAGUAAAUAAAAAUUACUUUUAUAAGGGGAAUAAUUUGAAGUCCUGCAGGCUAACUUAAUAAUUUAUUGAAAUGUCUUAGUAAAACAAUGUAUACUUUUAUCUAGAAAAUACAGUUCUAGGCUAAAUGUGACACAAACUUAGGAACAACUGUUAUGAUAGGUUUUGUUACCUGUACUAUUAAUAAAAUAUCUUCUAAGAUACUUAACAAUCAGAACCGUUCGAUUAUUAAAACUUUGCCAUUGUAAUCAAUAAUGUAAGGAAUAAAAGUAAUACAUUUUAGUUGGAUUUUUAUUAGAUGUGGGUAGAUAGUUGUAUUUGAAAGCUAUCUAUGUCAGUCUGACAUUUUAAAAUGGCGAAGGUAGUACCAAUUUCAGUCGGCCAAGAAAAGUAUGUGGCACUUUACAAAUAAUAUUUUAGUUACCUGUCAUGUGUAUUAUAUUCGUAUGUAGAAGGAAUUCACAAAUUGUAUUGUAGCUGUAUAUUUCAUUUGUAUUAUUUAUGUAGUGCGUCCAUUAUUGUAAUAAACUAGUCUUAUUAGAAGUUAUAUUAAGUUCUUAUAAGUUAAGUAAUUCCAAGUAAAAGAAAUAAAUACUUUUCUAAAUGAAA